AUGGAUCAUUCAUAUAUACGAACUUUUAAGAGGCCAGUAAGAAUACCAACUAAAGAAGAACUAGCCGCUAUAUUUAACCCGCCACCUCUUAAGAAGCAAAAGACAAGCUUAUCCAACUCGACCAAAAAACCAUCAAAAAAUUUACGGGAGCAUGGUGAUAACACUAAUAGGUUCCAAUCUCCUCAACCGAAUAAAUAUUUAGAUGCAAAAGUUGACCAUUUGAAUAAGCGACAACAAGCACUUUCUAAUGCACCACUUUUGAACUCUGUACCAGUGAAUAUUAUUCCUAUAAUCCACCCACCUUCCAUUACUACGGACUUUUUCACCGAUGUUACUACUGAUUUAAGUGAUUUGAAUUUGUUGAAGCAGGUUCAUGGGAUAAUCGAGAAAUUCCCACCCCCUAUCCCACCUCCUAUACCUAAAAGUAGGACGCCGCCAACGACAAAAGUAACAGGAAAAGAUCCCGUUUCGAGGCGAAAACCGCUACUACCACCACCACCACCAUUAUCCUCUACAUCUGCAAAUAAUUUUGAUGAUGCAAAUGAUGAGGACGGUGGGAAUGGUAAAGGUGAAGGUCAAGAAGAAGGAGAAGGAGAAGGAGAAGCUGAGGAAGCUGACAUAGAGGUAGAGGCUGACGUAGACGUAGACGAAGAAGAACAAGAAGAAGACGAUGACGAAGACGAACUAAGUGAAUUUGAAAAGGGAGGUAUCAUGGUGCCUUUUAUAUACCCGCCACCUCCAGUGGUUGAUUUUGAUACCUUGCCCUAUUCCCUAGCUUCGUUUAAAAAGAGAUUCAAGGAACAAUUACUGAAGCAAUUUCCCAAAAAUGGUGAAGUAGGGGAAAAGGACUCUACUAGUAAUGAUAAAAACUCGCCGUUGACGUCUACUCCAACAAUGACUCCAACUCCAACUCCUACUCCAGCUACUGUACCCGAGCCCGAAGUUGCGCCUGUUCGAAGAAGAGGAAGAAAACCCAAGAUGGCGCAACAACCAUUUACAACAACUCCCGUGAAAAAGGAAACAAAUACAACUUCUAAGCAAAGAGGGUCAAAGGAUGUAACCAAAUCAAAAUUGCCAGUUCAAAAUGAAGCCUCAUCAUCACAACCACCACCACCACCACCACCUACCCCACCUUCUUCAGACAAGGAACGGAUACAAGUACAACAGCUGAGCUCGCAACCACCAUUGCCGGCCCAACCAUCAAACAAGGUGUGGAUACAAGCGCCGCCUUUACCUUUUCCUCCGCCUAACUUCAUGGCAUACCCUUUAUCUGCACAAUACUCUUCUUUGACACCUGAAGAAGUAUUCGAAUCUUUUAUUGAGGCUAAUCAAAAUCUACCCCGUACAGACAUGGUGGUUGCUAGUGCUGCGGGAUCGAUUGCGGACAUGAGAUUACAGGCUAAAGAAGAAGGGUUUUGCUUCAAAGAGCAUGAAAAGUUGUUUAAAUUGAAUAAAGAUGAGAAUGGGAUUGAUGCAGGUCAAUUGGAAACGAAAGAAAAGGUGAGUGAUGAAGAAAGUGCAAUGAAUGAAGGAGAGCUAGAAAUGAAAAAGUAUUACGAAAAUAUUAGUAACGAAACGUACAAAGAUCAAUAUGAAGAAGAGUGGAAGACCGAGGAUAUAUUUGACCAAAAGUACAUGGACCCAAUUUUCACUAAAGUUGACCCUAGAUAUAGCAAUAUGAGGAAAUCGGCAGGGAAAGUAAAGUUCGCCAAGAGAAUGGUUGAGAAUGAGUAUAGCUAUCCAAAUGAAGCUAUGAAAGGAUUAGAGAGAAUCAAUAGGACAGAAGUAUUUCCCACCCAUUACCGAGAGAUUACUUUAACCACGGGAAGCAAUAAACAAAGACGGAGAAAGAAUUUGAAAAAAUCAUUAGAGAAUUAUAUUGAUUUUGAAAAAAGCAACGGAGAAGAUAUAUACCAUUCCAAAAAGUAUCAUCUUCUACGCCGGUUGAAGAAUUUGCAAAAUUGUAAUAUUGGAUAUACUACGAGCCCGAUUAGUGUGGGGGAUUCCGAAUUGAGCAAUUUCAUGGAACACUUUCAAGUUGAAAGAGAUUAUUCAUUAGUCAAGUUAAAACUUUUUGAAAAAUAUGAACUUUUAAAAAACUCGCUUGGUUUUUAUCACGAUUCAAAUUAUGUUUAUAAACAUUUAAAUUUGAUCCUUAUUAAUAAAUUGGAAAAAUUGAAAAAUUUCUUUGAGUACCAGCGUGAUUUGUUUCAGGAGUGUUUAGACCAGGAUGACAAGAAAAGGGAUAUCUUUAAUAUCGAGAGCAAGGAAUCAUCUAAAUUGUUUGGUGGAAUAACUAAUGUUAUUUUGCAGGAACAACAACAACAACAACAGCUACUAUUUCUACUACAACAACAGCAGCAGCAGCAGCAGCAACAACAAUCAACCGAAGGUAAACAUGGUGGCGGUAUAUCCAAAUUAAACCAACUGUCAUCAAAAACACAUACUAAUAAUAAAAUACCAAUAGUGCAUGACUUCAUGCCCCUCAUAACGCAAAGGGAAUUCUCGAUAAUAACAAGCGAUCUUCCCCGCAAACAAAAAUCCGAUGUGAAAGCAUCUUCGUCGGCAAUGAAGCAUAAGAUCUUCAAUAAUCCGUUAUACGAUCGAGUCAUGAUUACUUCUGGAUCAGACACAAAUGCAAGUGAUAGUAAUACCAUCACCUCUGCUUCUGGGUCAAGUCCCAAUCAUCCAUUAAAAAGAAGAGGAAGAAGAGCUGCCACGUCGACAUCAGCUGCAAAUGGAGCAGCCGCUGCCUCAGCAACAACAAUACAAACAUCAUCAUCAUUAAGUGCUGCAGCUGCGGCAGCUGCAUCAUUGAGUGGAUCAGACAGGAAUGGCCCACUCAAUAGUAUGCCGUUUCCUUAUGAUCUUGACUCUGGAAGUAUUGGCAUCAAAGGAGAUAAAUUUGUAGACGGAAACUUGGAACAGAAAUAUUCCGAGACUGGAUUAUUGACAAAGAUUACUAAACACUUUUGUGGGCCAAUGGGCGCCAAGUCUGAUGAAUUGAUCAAUGAUUUGAAAUCAAUGGGUAUUGAAACAAGAUGGCCUAUAGGCAAGUAA